UCUCACACGGUUCAGACUAUUGUGGAUUCGUUUCGUCGCUGAAUAAAUUCCUCAGUGAUGUCUGAGAGGAUCCAUCAGCUGGAGUCUGUGGUGAUCCGCAGCCUCAGACGGUUCAGAGAUCGAUGGUUUCCACAGAAAGUUUCCGGAAGUGAUUUGUUGCCAGUUGAAGACGCAGAAGAUGGACCUCCACCGGGACACUUGGACAGUUUACCGGUGGACCUGCAAUUCCUGAUCAUGACUUUUCUCUCUCCUGUGGAUAUCUGCAAACUGGGGGCCACCAGUCAGUACUGGAGGGCCAUGGUGAGAGAUCCAUUAUUGUGGAGGUACUUCCUUCUGCGGGACAUGCCAAAUUGGUCCUCCAUUGAUGAUCUGAGCAUGCCCAACCUGGAGCUGCUGGAUGCUCCACUAGUCUGCGAAGAUGAGAGCUUGGAUGAUAGAGAAGAAGAGAAAGAGAAAGAAUUGAAGUUUGACUACAUGUCAGAGUACCUAAAAGGUUGUCCAUCGUGCCGACAGCAGUGGUUACCUUCACGGCCAGCGUACGAGCUUGUGACCUCGUUUCUUCAGUAUCUGGUCCCCUCUUCUGAGCCUCGUUACGCCAUGUUUGGUCCUGGGAUGGAACAGUUAGACGUCUCUUUAGUCACAAGGCUCAUGCGUGCUCCAGACCUGCUACCUGUGUCCAGCACUCCAAACAGACAGAUAAACGGCAUUGGGUCAGGAAUCAGUUACAUGUUCAACAACCAACACAAAUUUAACAUUCUGACUCUGUACUCAACAAACAGGGCGGAGAGAGAACGAGCCAGGAUGGAGCAGCAGAGCAUCAGUAAUAAGCUGUUCAUCUUGGAUGGAGCCGAUGACUCAGGCGGCCCCGUUUACAUCCCUGCUCCUCAGGUGCAGCAGGUGUGCCAAGUGGUAGAUGGCUUCAUUUAUGUAGCUAAUGCAGAGCCUGGUAGAGCAGGGGAUGGGAAGUCUGAGGUGGCCCAGAUAAGAGCUGUGCUGAACUGUGUUCUGGAAUCCACAUCAAAACCUCUUCUGGUGCUCUCCUGCAUCUCCAGAGAACAAGUAGAAGGAAUUGGUGAGGCCAGAUGUCGAACUCCGUGUGUUUAUAUGGCAAACAGACUGGGCCUCCCCCAGCUGUCCAAUCGCUGGAUGGUGCAGGAUACAGUGGCAGAAUCAUUGUCUGGCUUUCUGGAGGGAAUUGCCUGGCUGCUCAGAUGUUCUGGUGUCAAAUUUUAUGGACGAUAG